AUGUCCCCCUUCUACAGCUGUUGGGGGACUGGACUGCUGCCUCUGCUCCUCCUGGCCAUCACGGUAAGAGAAUCCUGGCAGGCAGAAGAAAAAACCUGCGACCUGGUAGGAGAAACGGGUAAAGAAUCAGAGAGAGAGUUGGCUGUACUGAAGAGAAUGACACCACUGUUCACCAAAAGCUUUGAGAGCACUGUGGGCCAGGGCCAAGACACCUAUAUUUACAAAUUCAGAGUGUGCAGGGAAGCUGGUAACCACUCCUCCGGGGCAGGCCUGGUGCAGAUCAACAAAAGUAACGGGAAGGAGACUGUGGUGGGGAGAAUCAACGAGACUCACAUCUACAAUGGAAGUAACUGGAUUAUGCUGAUCUAUAAAGGGGGUGAUGAAUAUGACAAUCACUGUGGCAAGGAGCAGCGCCGUGCAGUGGUGAUGAUCUCCUGCAAUCGACAUACCCUAGCGGACAAUUUUAUCCCUGUGUCUGAGGAGCGAGGCAAAAUCCAAGAAUGUUUCUACCUCUUUGAGAUGGAGAGUAGCGUGGCCUGUCCCCCAGAGGUCUCCCACCUCAGUGUGGGCUCUAUCUUACUUGUCACGUUUGCCUCACUGGUUGCUGUCUAUAUCAUCGGGGGGUUCCUGUACCAGCGAUUGGUGGUGGGAGCCAAGGGAAUGGAGCAGUUUCCCCACUUGGCCUUCUGGCAGGAUGUUGGCAACCUGGUAGCAGAUGGUUGUGACUUUGUGUGCCGUUCGAAGCCCAGAAAUGUGCCUGCUACAUACCGUGGUGUGGGGGAUGAUCAGCUGGGGGAGGAUUCAGAAGAAAGGGAUGAUCAUUUACUACCAAUGCCAUGUGCCCAGAAGCCUGGCCUGAUCUUUAUUUAA